AUGGCGCUAUUAAAAGCAAAAGUCCAGCGCGCAAUCACGUCGAUGCCGUUUAUCGGUAUCGCCAUUUGGUGCUUUCGCAUGAUGGAUAUUGAGAAGAUAAUGACCAAUCAGCAGCCUUUCGUCGACUCGGGGAUAAUUGAGUGGGAGGGUGGAAGGGUUAGGAUACUCGACCAUUUCCACAAUGUGGAUUUUCUCGACCAAGCGUGGCGUGGAACGAUGGGAACUUUUUCUCCGUCCACGUUCGGAUACGACCCUGUGGCUUGGUGGCAGAUGUUCUCGUUCCUUACUGAUCUAGGGCCACUAUAUGCGCUAUGGAUCUUGGAAUCUUGCCGUGCCCGGAGCUCUUACACACCGGCAUACAUACCAACCAUAUUCAGCCUUCUUGGGCAAUUCACAGGGCUGGGAUCGGUAGCUCCCAUCUUCUACUUUCUGUGCUUCACAUCUGGUCCGACGGCUUCAGAUCUAGCUCGAAUGCCGGUGCGAAACCGAACCGUUCGACACGAACAUGUCGGGGUCUUGCUUUUGGUCGUCUUGCUAUUCCAUACAUCCCAGGUGUUUGGCAUGUUCCUCUCUCCGGAGUUAACGACACGGCAUUUCUGGACCUGGGCUUGGCAGCUAGCCCCUUUCUGGAUCGGUGUCGGUAACGUCUUACUCACCGCGAUCAGCAAGCCACUUCUGCGCAAAUCGAUCAGUCUGACAUCAGAGAAUUUCAUUUUAUUGGUACUGGGCUUGAUUUCAGCUGGUGUUUGGGGUUACACGCUACUAUAUUCCCCUUAUCCCCUGCCCACCCUCUUCUUACCCGCCUUGGAGUCCCAAUCCGAAUUUGUCGCACAUUGUCGAAAAGCGCUACAGGCCGACCACUUAGCUGUCUUCGCAAGCUCGCUUCUUUGGUUGAUAUAUUCGUUUUACGAUCUUUACAGCGCGGGUAUGUUAGGGGGGGAAUGGUUGUAUAGGUAA